AUGGCAUUCUUACGUGUAGGAUAUGCUAAGAUUAAGCUUAUGCCACAAGUCCCUAAGAUCCCAGACAUCCUUUCCCCCGUAGUAGCUAGAGCGCUCCUAGUCCCACAUUAUACUCAAACGCAAGUCCUUGCAUGUUCUUUGAACUACAUCUUGCAGUUUUCUAUCCGCCUAUCGACGCAGAAACACACUCUGGUCGGUCUCUUCUCGCUCCAUCCCGCGCAGUGCAAGUCUCCCUAUCUGCAGAAACGGCCGCGUUUCCCGUGUUGGCCCUCUUCUGGCCUCUCCUCGAUGCGCAGCGGAUCCUGCUGUCCUAAUUGUUCUAGAAUAAUGUUCCUCUAUAGCCGUAUUAGUAGCACUUAUAGCACUACUUUAGUCAGCAUUGUCUCUGAUAUCAUUGACAUUAGAAGACCACAUCCUACUAGACUAAGCUUGUCUGUAAUCUUGUCGGCGUCUUCAGCCUUGGUAAACUUAAUGGUGAUAGACGAUGCUAUGUUAGUAGAUCUGGGCUCCGUUUUCUUCGAGGGUAUCCACAUUGAGCGUGCUAGUGCGAAUUCCGUGUACAAUCACGCUGUACUUUGA